AUGGCCUCGAAUAUCAUCUCCCCGGCCAUUUUUGCCCAGAGUCUUCGUCGAGCAUGGCUUGAUGUCUGUCGCACCCUUCAUUAUGGCUUUAAGGACCCCAUUGAGACUGCCCAUCUGCCACACAGAGUUGGUCUCGCUGUCAGUGGUGGUGCCGAUUCAAUGUGCCUGGCAUACCUGUGUCGGCAACUAGAGCGCUCUGGUACCCAUGGGAGUCUCUCGGUCACCGCAUUCGUGGUUGACCAUCGGGCGCGAGAGGAGAGUAAACGCGAGGCACAGACAGUCGCAGGCUGGCUACGCAAUUUAGGGGUGGAAACCAACAUUCUGGAAUUAGAUUGGUCUCCUCUCUUGGGUGGUCAAUCUAAGUCUGUCAAGGACGAUGCAGACGCCAAAAUGCCCUCCGCAUUUGAGACACAUGCCCGUCGAUUGAGAUUCCAGGCUCUCGGCAUUGCCUGUCGUGAUCGCAAUAUCGAGACUUUGCUUAUGGGUCAUCAUCAGGACGACGCUGUUGAGACCACCAUUCUGCGGUUAAGUGCUGGGGCACGAGGUGCAGGUCUUGCUGGUAUUCAAGCAGUGGCCCGAAUCCCCGAGUGUCACGGUAUCUUCGGGGUCUCUCAAAGUGGCUCUUCAAUUGUUCUAUCCGGAAGGCAAAGGAACGCCUCUGUGAAAGCUCAACUCCGCGUCGACAACAGCACCGGACCCACAGUCUCAUUAGUCCCUAAUGAACCCAACCUUAAUAAAGAGAGUACCCGAUCAUCAGUCGGUGACGAGCCACUCAUCUCAACAGGCGGAGUUUACAUAUGUCGUCCUUUCCUCGGCUUCCCCAAGAAAUCUUUGCUUGACACCUGCCACAGAUACAAUAUUCCCUAUGUAUCCGACCCCACGAACUUUGAUCCCACUUUGACUGCCCGCAACACUGUUCGCAGUCUACUUAGCUCAGGCUCCUUGCCUCGUGCUUUGCAAUCUCCGUCAAUUCUCUCUCUAUCAAAAACAAGCAACAGUUUCAUCCAGGCCUCGAACCAACUUACGGACCGAGUCCUUUCGGCAGGAAGCCAUAUUCUUGAUCUAAAUCUAAGAUGUGGAUCACUUGUCGUUGAGUUUCUGAGCUCUCCAGAACUCUUAGAUCCUCUUCUGUCUGAAAGUCGUGCAAAGGAGAUCAAGUCUCUUGCCCUUCGUCGUAUCACAGAGCUGAUAUCCUCUUUCCACGGGAAAUCCUUUCCGCUGCGAAGUUUUGAACCUUAUGUUUCAAGGUUGUUCGAUUCACGAAAUAACCAGCCAAGACAUGUUUUCACGCUAGCUGGAUGUAUGUUUACGCCUCUCACUGUGAAACCUGUGCAAAACGCUCCAUCAGCACUCGCAGAUUUGGAAGGCUCUUCGCCCAUGCAUGGAAAUGUGUGGCUCGUCACUCGCCAGCCAUACAUGAAAAACAGGGCACCAUUUACACGAAUUGAUUUGGCUGUCCGCUCCUCAACAACUGAGCCUGCUCGUCUCCCUAUGAAGCACAUUCAAACAUCUUGGACACUAUGGGAUGACCGUUUUUGGCUUCGAGUUUCGAUUUCCCCGCAUGAAGAGGGCAAGGACAAAUGUCUAGCGCCGUUCUCAUUAUUCCUGCGGCCUUUCCAGAAAACAGAUCUCGGAUACGCCUGUAGAAAUCUCGAUUCCUUAACGGAAAGUCUCAGUGCGCCGGAACAAACUCUUCCGGAGACCAGAUCCAGAUUCAACGAAAUACGGAAGAUACUUACGGAUGAAGCUCCGGGUUCCAUCCGGUAUACCAUUCCAGUCCUUGGAAUGAGGCUACCGUCUGAAAAGAGUCAGAGCAAUGAAGAAGUCGAGCACCUACUAGCUUUGCCAACCCUGGGGGCCCAGCUCUGUGGCAGGACAACAUCAAGUGACAACCCCAACAAGCUUGACAUAUACUUUUCUGGAACGUGGUGGACCUUGAGAUGGGAAUGGAUGUACAAAGAGAUCGACGUUGAGACAGUGCGCCUUAUGGGAGGUCCGCUAAAAUCUGAAGCUAAGGUGGCCGGCUAA